UCUACUACCAGAGCAUGCGGUACGAGGUGUACCAGCUGGCCAGAAAAUAUUCCUUGGGCUUCUGCCAGUUGUUUUUAGACUGUCCCCUGGAAUGCUGCCUGCAGAGGAAUCGCCUCAGGAGUGAUCCUGUACCUGAGCAGACAAUACAUUUAAUGGCAAGGAAAAUAGAAAUGCCAGAUCUCAAGAAAAAUGCUUGGGAGCAGCACAGCCUCAUUCUGAGAAGCUCUGAUUGCAUCUCAGAGGACAAUGAGCAGAUAAUUAACCUGCUGGCCACUGCUCUGGAAAAUCCAGCGAGGCCAAACGAGGAGGACACGGAGCAAAAGGACACAGAUCGAGCCAUCUGUGCAGCCAGUGCUGUCCACCAGGCUGACCAGGCGUGCAGGAGGGUCAUCUCUCAGGCCAUGAAGGAUGCCAGAGACAAAAACGUUCCCCCAAGUGAGAUGAAGAGCCUGGCAGAAGAACUCAACAAACUGAAGGCAGAAUUUUUGGAAGACUUGAGGCAAGGAAAGACUUUGAAAACCCAAAAUUCUGACCCUGCUACGAGCGUAAUUUCUUCAUUCCAACGUGAGGCAACCAAUGUAGUCAAUAAAUAUAUUUUAAAAUAAUGACAUAGAGAAUGUUGG